GUUUACUUGGAAGUGAGUCACAAACGUGGCAAAAAUAUUGGCUUCUGGUCAUUGGUCAAACCAGUAUAGCAUGUGACUAAGCCUUAUAAUUCUUUUGUAUUCAUUACUUUGUUUAGAGAAAGUUAUGUUCAUAUGCUCUUAUAAAUAGUACCUUCCUAUUUCUCAUUCUUCUAAGAAUCUCAGAGUAAUUUGAUCUAAAAGGCCCCAACAUGACCUCAUACAAUCUCCCCGACCCCGAUUUUUCGGCCCUCGAAUCCAUCCGUCAGCAUCUCUUAGAAGAUGCUGACAAUUUUGAUACCAUAACUUCAUCUGAUCCUCUGGUGUACGAGCGAAAUCUCAGCUUCGGCAGCACAGACAGUGGCGGAACAGACUCCGUCGAAGACUACACAAUGGAGUGGAUGGACAUGUUGAGGGACGCGGACGCAAAGCAAGACUUCGUGCAGGAGCUUUCGGCCGAGAAGCAGCCCGAGUGGAAGCGGUACCGAGGCGUUAGGCGACGUCCGUGGGGGAAAUUUGCGGCGGAGAUAAGAAAUCCAGCCAAGCGCGGGGCGAGGAUAUGGCUGGGGACGUAUGACACACCGGAGGAUGCUGCAUUGGCUUAUGACAGAGCUGCUUUCAAGAUUCGUGGCGCGCGUGCUAAGGUUAAUUUUCCGAAACUAUUGGUCCCGGAUUUGAGCCAAAAAUUCGAUGUCGAUGCCAAUAGACUGACAUCAGAGCCCGAAUCAUCAACUUCUUACAACCAUAGUCCUGGAGAGAAUUUGGAGGAAAUGUUCACAUUAACUGAUGAAGAUCUACUGCUGAUAGAUUCUCUAUAAGAAAAAUAGAAAGUGACUUUGAAGUAUUUGGUUCGGAUUCCCCUUAUAUAGACUUAACAUUUCUCAAAGCAUACUCGUAUAUAUACUACUCCUGCAGUAGCUAGUGACAUGCAUCUAUCAUGUACGAAUUGGGUUUAAAUGAGUGAGAAUACUGAUGUGCUAUUACAUGCAUGCAUGCAUGAAUAAGACGGAGUUGCUUCAGCAAUCCUGUACGUGAGGGUGAUCAAAACAUAGUUUUCUACUGCAACAGAAUCUUAAACUAGGUCAUCUUGUGGUUUGUGAUCAAACUUUCGGAUGUUGUCUCCAUUAAUCCAUCGGUAUUGCAUUUUA